AUGAGUAGCCUCGGGCUAAAAGGCAUCUGGUUGCCCCUCCUCCUCGUCUUUCUUGUGAUGUACUCCAACUUUCACGACUGUGAGGGAAGGAGAGGCAAGCACCGGAGGGCAAAGCAACCGCCCUCUUCUUCCUUAGCUAGAAAGAAGGCAAAAGGAAACAAUGGCGGCGACCGCCGCCAUGGCAGCGGUGGUGGGUCGGGUGGGCAACCGAGACCGACCCCAGAAACAAUGGCAGCAAUGUUCGAUGUGCUCGAUUUCGGGGCCAAGGGGGAUGGCGUGACUGACGACACCAAGGCUUUUGAGGCCGCAUGGGCUGCUGCGUGCAAGGUGGAGGCUUCCACGGUGAUCGUUCCUGCGGAGUUCGAGUUCCUCGUUAGGCCAAUCUCAUUCUCAGGUCCAUACUGUGAGCCCAACAUUGUGUUUCAGCUGGAUGGAACGAUCGUUGCUCCGACAAGCGCCGGUGCAUGGGGUGCAGGCUCGCUGCAGUGGCUUGAAUUCACAAAGCUGCAGGAAAUCACCAUCCGAGGCAGUGGAGUGAUAGAUGGCCGAGGUAGCGUCUGGUGGACGAAUUCCGACUCUGACAUCGAUCCGAUAAAUGCUGAGCUCGGUUCAAAGAUGCCACAGAUCAAACCUACCGCCCUAAGAUUCUACGGGAGCUACAACGUGACAGUCACAGGCAUCAGGAUCCAAAACAGCCCACGGUGCCACCUCAAAUUCGACAACUGCGAAGCUGUGGAGGUCUUCAACAUUACAGUGUCUUCUCCAGGUGACAGUCCCAACACAGACGGAAUCCAUCUUCAGAACUCCAGAAAUGUUUUGAUCCAUCGUGUCGACAUGGGAUGUGGCGACGAUUGUGUCUCCAUCCAAACAGGCUGCUCGAACAUCUACAUACAUGACGUCGAUUGCGGUCCCGGGCAUGGAAUCAGCAUCGGGGGUCUCGGCAGGGACAACACCAAGGCAUGCGUCUCCAACAUCACUGUGAGGGACAUCAACCUUCGCAACACGAUGACCGGUGUCCGAAUCAAAACCUGGCAGGGUGGCUCUGGCUCUGUUCAGGCCAUACAAUUCUCGAACAUAAAGGUUUGGGAGGUCCAAAUACCGAUGGUGAUCGACCAGUUCUACUGUGAUCGGAGCUCCUGCGAGAACCAGUCCUCGGCAGUGGCACUGUCGAGCAUCGCGUAUGAGAGCAUUAGAGGAACCUUCACUGUGAAACCAGUUCACUUGGCGUGUAGCGACAGCUCUCCUUGUUCGGGCAUCAGCCUCAGCGAGGUGGAGCUCGAGCCACUGCAGGAACGCUACCACAUGACCGAUCCCUUCUGCUGGCAGGCAUUUGGGGAGCUGUAUGCCCCGACCAUUCCUCCCAUCACCUGCUUGCAGAUCGGCAAGCCAGCAAGCAACAGGAUCUCGACCGACCACGACUUGUGCUGAUGGUGGUCGUUCGAUGCUUCCGACCG